AUGCAACAGAACACUUGGAGGGACCUCAAGUUGUCACUCGAACGGCCAUAUAAAAACGACAAUGGAGAACCAAUACCAACACUGCUCGACAUAACACCAGAGGGGGAAUUUAUAUACGAGUCCAAGGAUCCCCCGUCGAAAGCCCUAGGCGAGAACUUAAAGAGGGUAUUCCUCGAACGAGGGCUCGACUUCUUCGACAGGAUACGCGAUUCCGGAAAGUCGUACCACGAUGAGCUACCACAGGCCAGGAGUGACAACGUGCAACCGGUUGCGGAAGGGGACGAGGAAUUGUCCUCCAAAAUAAUGACACCCGAAGAGCUACUCAAGAUGCGCAUGGAGCUUGCGCAAGAGCUGAGUCAACCAGUUUCGGUGAUCCAGUCUCUUAUGCCACCCGCACCUGCAUCCUCCACGUCCGAACCAAAGCCCCCUCCGAAACUCUCAACGACUAUUGUAACGAAGCCCCCGCCGAUCUCAUCCAUCAAGGCCUUCAACGCACAACUUACAAUCAGCAGCAAAGAUCUGGCUUUACGGAAUGCUGCCGAUGUGUUCAAGGCCGCAGCCGAUGGGAUGGACCGCAGUCGCGUGAAGGGAGAGAAAUACUGGGUUGAUGCACUGAAGAUUCGGCGAGCGAACUGGGGAUUAAUCCCGGCUCCGCUACCCUUCGGAGCUCCCACUGGAAAGGGAGCCGAUAGGACUUCAAAAGACUUCUUAAUCUCGUUUGGAUUGGAAGAAUCUCUGCCAAUGUUCAAAAGGCGUGCGGUGGGUCGUAUGCCCACAAUAGCUGACGCACCUGAUGCAGGAAUACUGGUCUUCCCUCAACUCAGUCAUCUACGACUUUGUGUUUCCCUGUCAUUCACAGAUAUCACCACCGGCAACCCUGUAUCCGCGCAGAAUAUCCUGGAUGAAGCAGACUACUCCACCAUCGAUGGGUCAUUGCGCACAGCUCAACAAGAGGUUAUAGAACAGGAGAUAUUCUCAUUUCUAGUGAAGGAAGCCAGCAACUUACCGACCGCCACUGCCCGAGUUUCCGAGAGGUUGAUUGUUCUGGAUGCUGCUCACGGAAUGUCACUGAAAUUUGAACUUGUCAAUGCUCACACGGUGUCCUCUAUCCGUGGCAACCGUUCAACGGAAGACCCGUUCGUCGUCGGGAAAUGCGACCUUAUCUUCUAUGCCUUACAUGUUCUCUUAAUACGUGCACAUGGCCACCUCAAACGACGGCGCUUGGGCAACACUGGAACCACGACUUCGUCCCAAGGGAGCCAAACAGAGACGAGCCUCUUGCAGCCGAUAUUAGACAUGCUUCAAUACGAAGCAUUCUGUUUGAGACUCAAAGCAGAGGUAGAUGCUGCUGUUGGGGCGUUGCGACAUGCCGGAGUUGCUACAACAUUCCGCUGCGAUCCGGUGGGCGACACCGGCGUGAACCUACUUAAGUUCUUGAGCGACGACCAAUACAAAAAGCUGGGCGGUGAUAUGGUUCUGAGAAUACAGGAUCAACAUACGUUGCGAAUGACCAUGACAUCUCCCGCGGCGAUGACCGUUCAUCUUGCUCAGGCCACCAUUGCAAUCCAUACAAUACCGCAAUUUGGAAGAUUGCUUGCCGACGAGUUGGAACGCUGUCUUUUACUUCAAAUAUGUGAACUUGGGGAUCGGCUUUGCGGCUCUGCCAACGCAACCUGGUUUGUGGACUUUGGCAGGUGUGUAGGGAAAUGGGAAGGGUGUGCUUUGUGA